AUGUCGUUUGUUUUCUCUCCCUCCCUCUCGUUCUCUCCUUCGUCUUCGACUUCCUCUCAAUCCUUCCUCCUUGGCUGUUUCGUCGGUUCCGUUUGUCUACACGUCGCGGCCUUUCUCCCUGUUUUGUUCGCGGCCUGUCGCCACGGUUUGUUCGCGAUUCUGUGUCCCUUUCCGCACUUCUCCGUUGUGUCUGCUGUCUCUGCCUCUCGCCCUGCUCCAGAUCCUCAACCGCCGCUUCUCGCGCUGCCGGCCUCGGAAGAGGCUCGAGAUCAUUACCCCGCCCUUGCGCUCCUCGACGCGGCCUUCUUGAACUCAGUCCGCGAGGAACUGUCCGGAGUCUGCUGCGUGGGACACUCCCUCACUCCUGCCGAGGGCGAAAUUCUCACAACUCUGUGUCCCCUCGUAGCACCGCGCCAAGCCCUGUACGCUCUGCGAGACGCAAAGAUUUCCACGUCUUUUCUCCGAGGCCUUCGUGUCUUCAGCCACUUGUACCCUUAUAGAUUCCACAGCGCUGCGGAUGACCAGAUCUCCUCUUCCGCCUCGUCGGUUCUCGCGGCUCUGCUCGACUGUUUGCCUCCGCAACACUUUGUCUCUCAGCACUUUUUGCAUUUCGCUGCGCUCGCCCGAAGCCUGCCGGUUCAGUCGGACCUCUUCCCGGUCUUUCGACCGUCGUGGAUCCAGGAACUGAAGAUCCUCACGGGGAGCGGCAUCGAAUACCGGGCGGGGCGCGGGGCGCGAUCGCGGUGCGACUCCGGCAAGGGCCGCGAAGAUUUCGUUGUCUUCCUCGGUGACGCCCAACUCACAAAGCAAGAGGAAGACUUGCAGCUUGCGCUGCGGUCUGCGUUCGCGUCCAGAGAGCGGUGCUCUUUGAUUCGCGGCGAAAAUCUCUUCUCGUCCCUGGACACGCUCAUCUCAGUUCUUCACAGACUCUACCCGGCGCCUUCGGCCCCCGCAGGGAUGAAGCAGACUGCAGCGGCGCGGCCUCUUCGCCGUCUGUCUAUCUUUGCAGUUGUCACGUCCCCGAAACUCCUCGCUCUCGCUUCCUCGGCACUCGCGUCUCUCGGGGACGACGCCCGCUAUCUCGGCGCAGUGGAAGAGCGCCUCUGGAAUACCAAAACCGACUUCGAGGCGUCUCGAGGCGUGGGCGUGGACCUCCGCCUGGUAUCGCCAGGCUGGGUCUACGAGUGCUAUCACGCGGGUUCGCUUCGCCCUCCAGCAGCCGAGGUCUACCAUCUUCCCUGGCUGAACGCGGCGGAGCGAGAGACAGGCGAGAACGAGGAUCUGGAGAACAGAGACACGAACAAUCGCGCGGACGCAGGCAGCCCCAAGAGUGGCAGAAGGCGCGGAGAAGACCAGAGUGAGAAGUCGCGGGAAGACGCCAAGAGAGGAGUCAAGACGGAGAGUCGCCGCAGAAGCGAGGGGGAGAAGGAACUCGCUUUGCGGCUGCGAGAGCAGGGAAGUGGCGAGACGCGAGACUUCGACGAGAGGAGGGAGAGGAGCGACGGCUCCGCGGCGUCCGGCGUUUCAGAGGGGAAACCGAACGAGGCGUCCUCGAGCCUGAAACUGUUUCCCAGUCUUCAGCUGCGAGACGAGGCGCCCUACGCACACCUUCCUCUUUGGGGCUGGUUGCUGUUUGUGUCCUCGUCGAUUUCUCUCGACAGCAGGGAGGUGGCCUUUUUGAGGAGGACGAGGGGACUGUCUCUGGUGUCGCUCCCCGACAAUCCCCUGGAAAACCCUGGAAUUGUGCAAAAGAGCCUCCUCGACUUUCUGCAGCGGAAGCACCAGCUGCCGCUCUCUCGCAUUCCGGCCUUUCUCGCGCGCCUCGUCGUCUUCGCUGCGGUCCUCGUCGAUCCGCAGAAAGACGCGCGAGGCGCUGAGAGGCCGGAAGGGUACCCGCGCAAAGGAAACAUUGGAGAAACCGGAGAAGCGGCGUCCUUGGAGGAUGAGAGAACGCCGAAGCUCGCAGGCCGAUGUUCGUCUUUCAGGAGACAGAGAAUCGAAGCUUCGGCAUCGGAUCCCAGGCGGCCAGGAGACCCUGAGAACGCCGCAGCCGAGAUGGGAAGCUCGAUCCCGAGGAGUGGCAAGGCCUCUCCAAAGACGCGAGUGACGGUCCCCGUGUCGUCGCUUCUGCUGGAAGACACGCCUUGCCGAGGGACGGGGCGAAAGACGAAAGGCGAGGCGGCACGCGAGACGGUCUGCACAGACGACGCGAAUGCGCGGAACUUGCGCAGCCGGUCACCUGUUUGUGGAAGUGCCCUGGACGCGCGAGAGGCGUCUCCGUUUUCAGGCAGUUCCGCAACCCCCCCAGCGAAGAAGGCGUCGCCGAAACUCGCGUCAGCCGGCAUCAGAUCCCGGGUUAGUGCCUCGACGCCCUCGCGUCCCCGCUCGACGCGGCCGGGGCUCUCUUCGCCUGUGCACAGGGACAGGGCGGAGGCUUCCUGUGCUUCGCCGCGCUCUGCUGCUUGCGCCCCAGGCAGCUGCUCGAGUCGCACUCCACCUCAAAGGUCGCGCGUGGCGAGCCUGCGGCGAGGCCGCAUCCCGGGGGGGGUGUCGUCUCUGUCUUCCUCGGCCUCGCCCCUCUCUGGCUGUCGGCUGAAGGCUUCGAUCGAUGCGUCGCAGGAGGCAGGCCAGCGAGGCGCAGACGAGCGCGGGAAGCGCAUUUCUGCGUCGCCUCUCUCUCGAAAGAGCAGACGGCGUGGUUCGCUGAGGGAGACAGAAGCCGUCGGGCAACCUGCCGUGCCUCGCGCACAUUUUUGUCCCCUCGCUUCGGUUAUUUCUUUCUACGUGAAAGAGAAACUGGUGACGGUGCCGGGGUUCCCUGGAAUCCCAGUCGUUCGCCUCGGCUGGGUGGAAGAGAUUCUUCGGACGCGCGCGUUCCAGUCUCUGCGGCCGUAUCUGUUGCAUGCGCCGAAAGAAGAAGCGCCGCAGCGCGGGAAAGACGUCGGGGAUCUUUGGCGAAACGCCGACAACGCGGGAAUGAGGUGCGCUGACGUGAGGAGCGUGGCGGGUGGGGAAGAAGAAAUCACGCCAGCAGGCGAAGACUUCGUCCAGAGCGCAGAAGCCACGCGCGUGCAGGAAGCGGAACGGGUCGCGGCGGACGGCGCGGAAGGGGAGAACUCCGAGGCGCAGACGCGGGAGGAGGAGAAGGGCCGGAAGAAGGACGAGGGCGAAAGCAAGGAGCGGCGGGAGAAACGGCGGCGGAGAGACGGGAAAGGCCGAGACGAGACCAGAGAUUUGAAACUGGGACAGGAAGUGAAACGAGCGAGAAAACCGACACUGUAG